AUGGCUUCGGAAAAGGAUGAGCUCGAGAGACCUGGUGCGUCAGCCAACUCUGAUUCAGACCUGGAGGGCAUUGCGCAAGGCCUUGUCAACGAGAAGGCACUCCUCAGAAAACUUGACUUGAGGCUCCUCCCGGCGGUCUCUAUUUUGUAUCUGCUUUCGUUUCUGGAUCGCAGCAAUGUCGCCAACGCGAGAAUCGAAGGUCUACUCAAUGACCUAAAGCAAUCUAACGGCAAACCCAUGACUGGAAAUCAAUACCUGACUGGUCUGACGCUGUACUUCAUUGGAUAUGUGCUCUUUGAACUGCCUUGCAACAUUGUGUUAAAGCGCACGACGCCGAAAUUCUGGCUUCCGACUUUGACGAUCGCAUGGGGUAUUGUCGCAACUCUAAUGGGAGUUACGCAAAACAUGGCUGGGUUCCUCACGGUCCGGUUCUUCCUUGGUGUCACUGAAUCCGGUCUUUUUCCCGGUGUGGUGUAUUAUCUUUCGAUGUGGUACAAAAGAGAUGAGCGCCAGUAUCGCAUCUCUCUUUUCUUCAGUUGCGCUUCCCUCGCAGGCGCGUUUGGAGGUAUCCUUGCAUAUGGAAUUGGUCACAUGCGAGGAGUUGGCGGUUAUGCUGGCUGGCGGUGGAUUUUUAUUCUGGAAGGACUCGCUACAAUAGUAAUUGCGGCCCUUGCGUACUUGUUCAUCUCAAAUUACCCGGAGACUGUGAGCUGGCUGUCCAAGGAAGAGCGCUCCUACAUCAACGCUCGUCUCAAAGCCGACAGCGAUGCAACACACGACGAGAAGUUCACCUGGGCAUCUGUUCUCAACGCUGUCAAGGAUCCAAAAGUUUGGCUAUACGGUGCUUGCUUCCAUACAAUGAGUUUGCCUUUGUACACUCUGUCACUAUUUUUGCCUACUAUCAUCAAGGACAUGGGCUACACAUCCGCGCAAUCGCAACUUCUUUCUAUUCCCCCUUACGCAGCAGCCACGCUCUUCACCAUUGGAUGGGCAAUCCUUGCUGAAAAGUACAAGCGUCGCGCCCUCUUCACAAUUACCACAUCAACGCUGGCCAUCAUUGGAUAUAUUAUCCUUCUCACAAAUAAGCAUCCUACACAGAAACCUGGGGUAUCCUAUGUUGGGACCUUUUUCGCAGCUAUGGGCAUUUAUCCCUCGGUCGCGCUGGUGUUGUCCUGGCCCGCCAUCAACGUUUCGGGGCAGACAAAGCGAGCUACAGCUAACGCCAUGCAAAUCUCUAUCGGCAACUUGGGCGCAGUCAUCGGAACUCAGUUGUAUCGUCCAGCUACUGCGCCUCGAUAUGUUCUGGGCCACGCGGUCGCAUUGGGAUAUCUGAUUGGUAAUGUAAUCGUAGUCAGUACGCUUUGGUGGUUGCUGGCGAGGGAAAAUGAGCAGAAGCAGGCGUAUCUUGCGGCCAACCCUCAGACCAACGGGUUUCACGACUCAGAAGAGGAUCUGAAGCUAGGAGACAAGCACCCGAGAUGGCAAUUCAAUACCUAG